GCACGUGAUUAUCACUUCCGUCUUGUCUUGCUUCCUGUUGUAACUGGGAACUUGCAGUUUUAGUUGGAUUUUUCUGUGUGGUAUGUAUAUAUGUAAAGUCGGCACGGUCUUGCAUUAGCAUUAAGUUUGUUUUGGAUGUCCUGUGACCUGGUUUUCGAGAAUUCGUAGUCGACAUGGCAUACAGCGGUUUAACAGUGCCUAUCAUUGUCAUGAGCGUAUUUUGGGGGGUGAUCGGGGGAAUUGUACCCUGGUUUAUUCCCAAAGGACCCAACAGGGGUGUCAUCAACACAAUGCUUGUAACCACUGCUGUGUGCUGCUACUUGUUUUGGCUGAUUGCAAUCCUUGCCCAACUGAAUCCACUAUUCGGGCCCCAGCUGUCAAAUGAGACUAUAUGGUAUUUACACUACCACUGGCCGUGAAACUGUUAUGGUAACAAGCUACUACUAAUUUCUUCCAGGUAAAGAAGACCUUCACUGUUGUGCAUAAAAGAGCAAAACUUCCUAACAGCUGAUUUUUCAGACUUGAUUCCCACUGUGCCUCUUCAGUUGCCUUACUCUUUCUACAGUAUUUUUGAUAAUUUUCCUAUGAACUUAUUCAUAUUUGAAAUAAUUUUUAAUACUAAAAUUAAGAAGUUUAUAUGUCCUUGACAAGACUCUGGCAGGCUUGAGCUAACUCUUUUAAAAGACUUGGACAAUAACCUUUGUUUUGAUUGCACAAAAUGUUAAUGUUAUUUGUCUGUAUUUUGGGAGGUUGCAGACCACUGCACCCUCCUGCCUUCAUGUCCCAGUGUCUCAAACAUUACUGUAGUCUUUGAACCCCAAGUCCUGCUGUGGUCAUUCACUGACAGAUGUGACAUAUUACAAUUGUAAUAAUGAAAAAAGGCAGAAUAUGAGAUUUUAAUGUUUGUUUGAGGUAUUCUGUUUAUAAAUUAAUAUUUAUCCUAUAAAGUCAAAUGAUGUGAGUUAAAAUACUGCAGGGUUUGCUGCUAGGUCCUUCUGUAAGCUUACAGGUGUUAUAAUAAAAAGAUACUUCCUGA